GGGCCGCCCACUGAUCCCGCCGGCCCCGCCGGGAGCCCGCCAGCGGCAGGAUGCAGGCGCCGCCGCUGCUCUACGAGUUCUUCAGCGAGGAGAACGCGCCCAAGUGGCGGGGGCUGCUGGUGCCGGCCCUCAAAAAGGUUCAGGUGCAAGUCCAUCCUAAACUUUCCUCAGCUGAAGAUGCUUUACAAUAUGUUGAGGAGUUAAUUCUGCAGUUGUUGAAUAUGCUGUGCCAAGCCCAGCCGAGAAGCUUUCUGGAUGUAGAGGAUCGUGUUCAAAAAAGUUUUCCCCAUCCAAUUGAUAAGUGGGCAAUAGCUGAUGCCCAGUCUGCUAUUGAAAAGAGGAAACGAAGAAAUCCAUUAUCUCUCCCAGUAGAAAAAAUCCAUCCAUUGUUAAAAGAAGUUCUAGGUUAUAAAAUUGACCACCAAGUAUCUGUUUACAUAGUAGCAGUAUUAGAAUAUAUUUCUGCAGAUAUCUUAAAGCUGGUUGGGAAUUACGUACGAAAUAUAAGACAUUAUGAAAUUACAAAACAAGACAUUAAAGUGGCAAUGUGUGCUGAUAAGGUGUUGAUGGAUAUGUUCCAUCAAGAUGUAGAAGAUAUAAGUGCACUAACUUUAUCUGAUGAGGAACCCUCCACCUCAGGAGAACAAACCUAUUAUGAUCUAGUCAAGUCAUUUAUGGCAGAGGUUCGACAGUACAUAAGGGAACUAAAUCUCAUUAUAAAAGUUUUUAGAGAGCCUUUUGUCUCCAACUCCAAAUUGUUUUCAGCUCAUGAUGUGGAAAAUAUAUUUAGUCGUAUAUCAGAUAUUCAUGAACUUAGUGUGAAGCUACUGGGCCACAUUGAAGACACCGUAGAAAUGACAGAUGAAGGCAGCCCCCAUCCCUUAGUAGGCAGUUGUUUUGAAGACCUAGCAGAGGAACUGGCAUUUGAUCCGUAUGAAUCAUACGCUCAAGAUAUUUUGCGACCUGCUUUUCAUGAUCACUUUCUUAGUCAGUUAUCAAAGCCUGGAGCAGCAUUCUAUUUACAAUCAAUAGGAGAAGGUUUUAAAGAGGCUGUUCAAUAUGUUCUACCGAGGCUGCUUCUUGCUCCCGUUUAUCACUGUCUUCACUAUUUUGAACUUUUAAAGCAACUGGAAGAGAAGAGUGAGGAUGAAGAGGAUAAAGAAUGUUUAAAGCAAGCGAUAACAGCUCUGCUUAACCUUCAGAGUAGUAUGGAAAGGAUAUGCUCCAAAAGUCUUGCAAAGCGAAGACUUAGUGAAUCUGCAUGUCGGUUCUAUAGUCAGCAGAUGAAGGGGAAACAACUAGCAAUCAAGAAAAUGAAUGAGAUCCAGAAAAACAUUGAUGGUUGGGAGGGUAAGGACAUUGGACAGUGCUGCAAUGAGUUUAUAAUGGAAGGAACUCUCUCACGAGUAGGCGCAAAACAUGAGAGACACAUAUUCCUUUUUGAUGGACUAAUGAUUUGCUGUAAGUCGAAUCAUGGCCAGCCAAGACUUCCAGGUGCUAGCAAUGCAGAGUAUCGUCUGAAAGAAAAAAUUUUUAUGCGAAAGGUACAAAUCAAUGAUAAAGACGACACUAAUGAAUAUAAACAUGCUUUUGAAAUUAUUUUAAAAGAUGAGAACAGUGUUAUUUUUGCUGCUAAAUCAGCAGAAGAGAAAAACAACUGGAUGGCAGCAUUGAUAUCUUUACAGUACAGAAGCACCCUGGAAAGAAUGUUAGAUGUAACAAUGCUACAGGAAGAGAAGGAGGAGCAGAUGAGAUUUCCAAGUCCUGAGCUUUAUAGGUUUGCAGAACCAGAUUCUGAAGAGAAUAUUGUAUUUGAAGAAAACAUGCAGCCCAAAUCUGGAAUCCCUAUCCUCAAGGCAGGAACUGUUGUGAAACUCAUUGAGAGACUGACCUACCACAUGCAUGCAGACCCAAAUUUUGUUCGGACGUUUCUCACGACAUAUAGAUCCUUUUGCAAACCUCAAGAACUAUUAAGUCUUCUGAUAGAAAGGUUUGAAAUUCCAGAGCCUGAGCCAACAGAAGCUGAUCGUAUAGCUAUGGAGAACGGAGAUCAGCCUCUUAGUGCAGAGUUGAAACGAUUUAGGAAAGAAUAUAUACAACCUGUACAGCUGCGAGUGUUAAAUGUAUGCCGACACUGGGUAGAACACCACUUCUAUGACUUUGAGAGAGAUGUAGAUCUUUUGCACCGAUUGGAAGAAUUCAUUGGGACAGUCAGAGGUAAAGCUAUGAAGAAAUGGGUUGAAUCAAUCACAAAGAUAAUCUACCGGAAAAAGCAGGCACAAGCCAUUGGGCCAAGCCACAAUAUUACUUUUGAAAGUUCACCUCCUGCAAUUGAGUGGCAUAUAAGCAAGCCAGGACAGCCAGAAACUUUUGACUUGCUCACUUUGCACCCAAUAGAAAUUGCUCGACAGCUCACUUUACUCGAGUCAGAUCUUUACAGAGCUGUGCAGCCAUCAGAACUAGUUGGAAGUGUGUGGACCAAGGAAGAUAAAGAAAUUAAUUCUCCCAACCUUCUCAAAAUGAUACGGCACACCACUAAUCUCACUUUAUGGUUUGAAAAAUGCAUCGUAGAAACAGAAAACCUAGAGGAAAGAGUAAAUGUAGUGAGUCGGAUAAUUGAGAUCCUGCAAGUUUUUCAGGAGCUAAAUAACUUCAAUGGUGUUCUUGAAGUUGUGAGUGCUAUGAACUCUUCACCUGUGUAUAGACUGGAUCACACAUUUGAGCAAAUUCCAAGUCGACAGAAAAAGAUUUUAGAAGAAGCUCAUGAAUUGAGUGAGGAUCACUAUAAGAAAUAUUUGGCAAAACUCAGGUCCAUCAAUCCUCCAUGUGUGCCUUUCUUUGGAAUUUAUUUGACUAACAUCUUGAAAACAGAAGAAGGCAACCCUGAAUUUCUAAAGCGACAUGGGAAAGAACUUAUAAACUUCAGCAAGAGGAGGAAAGUAGCUGAAAUAACAGGGGAGAUCCAGCAGUACCAAAACCAGCCAUACUGCUUACGAAUAGAACCUGAUAUCCGAAGGUUUUUUGAAAAUUUGAAUCCAAUGGGAAAUAGCAUGGAGAAAGAAUUCACAGAUUAUCUGUUCAACAAGUCAUUAGAAAUAGAGCCGCGAAAUUCCAAGCCUCCACCAAGAUUUCCAAAAAAAUACAACUAUUCCCUCAAAUCUCCGGGUGUUCGUCCAUCAAACCCAAGGCCAGGUACCAUGAGACACCCUACACCGCUGCAACAGGAGCCAAGAAAAAUUAGUUACAGUCGCAUCCCUGAGAGUGAGUCAGAAAGUACAGCAUCUGCGCCAAAUUCUCCACGAACACCAUUGACACCACCCCCUGCCUCUGCUACUUCCAGUACUACAGAUGUCUGCAGCGUCUUUGAUUCAGAUCCUUCAAGUCCUUUUCAUUCAAGAUCUGCAUCUGUCUCGUCCAUAAGCUUUACCAAAAUCUCUGAUGAAACGUCUGGUCCUCCUCCUGUUCCUCCACGGAGACGACCAGAGUCUGCCCCGGCAGAAUCAUCGCCAUCAAAGAUUACUUCUGCGCAUCUGGACAGUCCACCAGCAAUUCCUCCUCGACAACCAACAUCAAAAGUCUAUUCACCAAGAUACUCCGUGCCAGAGCGGACCUCCAUAUCUGAUCCUCCUGAAAGCCCUCCUGUAUUACCACCACGAGAACCUGUGCGAACUCCUGAUGUUUUCUCUAGUUCACCACUACAUCUCCAGCCACCGCCCUUAGGUAGAAAAAGUGAACUUGGCAAUACCUUUUUUCCAAACAGUCCCUCUCCAUUUACUCCCCCACCCCCUCAGACACCUUCUCCACAUGUAGCACGGAGGCAUCUGCCAUCCCCUUCUUUGAUACCACAGGAUGUGGACCUCCAUUCUGUUGAGGGGCCACCUGUCCCUCCACGACAAAGCACUUCUCAACAUAUCCCAAAGCUUCCUCCAAAAACUUACAAACGGGAGCACACCCAUCCAUCGAUGCACCGAGACGGACCACCCUUGCUGGAGAACGCCCACUCCUCCUGAGUUGUACCUUGUGCUGGGAGUUGCAUUUUCUUGGCACUACGUCUGUUGCGGGCAAUGGAUGCACUGAACCUGCUAGCGCUAAGGAGUUUGGAUGAAUACUCCAUGCAUUAAAAACUAUGCUAGGUUGGGAAUGCAGUGUACAGAAACUGAAUUGCAGAAGCAGACGUGAUCAGCUGAUAAACUCACUGUUCCUAUUGUAGUAUGCAGGAUGCUGUUCUAAAGUAACUGGACAACUGAUUGUACCAGAAAACUGACUCAAGGGACUUUUCUGGCCAAUAAGCGAAGACCGUGUUUUGUGUAAUGAUCUCUAAUGUCCAGUACGGGAAUGGAAAAUAUAGUCUUGUAUCCAUCAGUUCUAUACAGUAACACAGUUAUUAGAAUGAAAACAUUAUGCACUUUUUUAAAAAUCUCAAACAGGGAACUUUAUAUCCUUCUUAAUUUCCUUUUUACUUUACUCCCUGCUUUAAAAUACUCUCCUAAAAUCAUGAAAAGGACUGUGAGGAAGAUCUGUGGUACCUAACCAUGUUAGAACGAAGGCAUGGCACUGUAUUGCGGUCCUGUUUACAAAUUGUUACAGUGAAUAGUAUGGGUACCUAGGCUUCACCAAAGAGGUACUUUAUUAUUAUUUUAUUAAAUAUUAUGGUGCCAGUUGAAAAAGAAAUUAUUGCCAGGAAGCAUAAUGGGUAAUUAUUGCUUUCUUUAAAUGGAGCAGAUUAAAGUCUUAUGUCAUUAAAAUGACAGCAAAUUUUAAAAAAACAGCACUAUUGUCUGAAAUAUUCUGCUACGUUUAGAAGACUGUUAAUCUAUGCUAGGUUAUAUCACAUUCUUUUUAAGGUUUACUGAUAAUCCAUUUCAUGGCUUGUAACUAUUCUUUAAUCAUGCCAUGAAAACACAGUCACUUGUGAAAAGGAGCACUCGCUGGCCAUCUUCCAUAGUUAUUGUCAUGUUUUACUAACCAUAGAUUAAUCAGCAUACGUAGAAUUGCCUUGCAUUUGCAUAAAUCAUGUGUAUAUAGUGAAUGUCGCAUAAAUAUGCUUGCAGAUUGUUUUUAAUUUAAUUGAAAUAAAGAUACACAUUUGUUUGGCUGACAUACGUUAAAUUAUUACAUGGACAAAUGUACAAUUCAGUUUUUCAGUUAAAAACGCUGAUAAGGGGAUAAAAGCACAUAUUGUGGUACACGUUUUUUCGUAGUUCAGUAUAUGUAUUUUAGUGAUAAAGAACAGUCUAAGGAGAAAUCAGGUUUUGGCAUAUGAAACAAAGUUUAGUUAGAAUGACAAAGCUGGGUUACUCUCAAAGCGAAUUACUGUACAUGUGUUUAAAUUUCCCAGACGUGUCUGUAGUUUGUUAUAGAAUUUCAAAGUUUGUCUUAAAAACUAUUAAUCUUUACAGUAGCUCUUUACUAUGUCAGAAAUGUACAUGACAGAACAUUUACCUGCAUAAAUAUCAUGACAUGGAUUAUCCCUAAACCUGUGUACUACUCCUCUGAUUCUAACCAAUACUGUGACAGUAAUGCAUGCCAGUUAUUGAAGAAAAGCAGCUUUAUUAAUCUCCUCUACCAUAAUGUUUGUGAAGUGUGCAGUAUCUCAUCUUUAUUUAAUAAGAGUCAUGGGUCGUAGUAAAAUUAUAUCAUGUUUCCUGUUGGAUAAAAACAAACUACAUUUCAGCAACUCAGAACGCCGUGUCAUUAGAGACGGUUUUAGUAGAGCAAAUCAUGAUGGAAAUCUACUAUUUUAGUAACUUUCUACAAUGCCAUUAGAGUAGUGGAAUAUGCACCAUGAUACUACAGUUUGGUCUUUACAUUUCAAAAAGUGUUUCGAUUUCAACAGCAUUAAGCAGCAUAUUUUGUCAUAGCCAAACGUGGAGAAUUUGUCAGUUGUAUAUUUGUGUAUAUCUUUAACAUUUCUAUUUUGAAACCUGUUUUUCUGCCCCCUCCUCCACCAAAAAAUGUUCCUUUUUCCUUUAUAAGUAAGAUUUAUAAACUCGGCUUCAGAGGAGGACAUUCUUACAUAUGUACUUUAUUUAAUCCUAUCCUGUAAGAAAUGUAAGUGAAGUUCCCAGUUCUUCAAAUCUAACCAAGAGUAAUGAAUACCCUUGGUGCAAUGUCUUAGAAGUUGCUGACUUUCCAGAAGAAAGCCAGGGAGCUCUCCAAUGUUAUCAGAACCCACAUUGCCUGUCCUCUGCACUCAAAACCAUGGCCCCUGUCAUCACCAAGGUAGGCUAGAUAGGUAGAAUUGCCUAGUGGAUAGGGUACUGCAGUGAUAUGGCACGGACCUGCAUUUAGUUCCUGGCCCAGCUCCAGCCUUCCUGUGUGCACUAAGACAAGUCAUUUAAUAUUCUCUGUGCCUUGGUUCCCCAUUUGCAAAAUACUGCUAAUACUUCCCUACUUUACAGUGGGGUUGAGGAUAAAAAUCCAUAGAAGUUGAUUAGACACUCUGGUGAUGAGGAUCAUAUAGAAACCUAGAUUAAACUCCCUUGGAGCUCAGCAACACUGCUCAAUCAUCCGCUAUUUACCAGUGUAUGGCACACCUACAACGUGCUGCCUGAACCACAAAGUGUGACAAACCAGUACCAGAAAUCAAAUCCCUGUGUCUAGGAGGAGAAUGUUGAACACAACUGCUGAGCCACUGGCCUCUCUCAGAACUUGUCAAUUUUAUUUGUAUUUUCAAGAAAUAACCUUUUUUUUUUUUUAAUAACAUGGAAGAAUUUCACAUUUGGACAAGUUUGCAUUGAUUACUGAUUAUGGAGGUUAAAGCAAAUAUCCCUGAACAAUGGCAGGGAAAAUGGCAUCAUUUUAAUUGGUCAUAUUGCCAGAUUAUUGAUAAAAUUAUCUUGAAUAAUAGCAAGGAAUGAUGAAGCAUCUUAAGCCAACAACUGGCUAAAUGGAUUUCUGUAUUACUGCCGAGCCCAAAUUAAAAGUCUGACACUGCUCACAAGUCAGAACUGUACUGGUGCAGAGUAUUGGUUUUCAGCCAUUGGGUGUUUGCAUGGAGGGUGGGGAGGGGGCAUAGGAGAAACGAAGUCCAUUAAUGAGACAUGAAAGUGCAAUAUUUGAGCAAUGUUUGAAGUCUCUCCCUAAAGUAUCUCUGAUCUAGAGUGUAGUGCAGCAGUGUAGGAGAAAGAAAUCCAAUCUUUUUCUUUUUUUCCCCAGAAGUGAAAACUGGGUGUUAAAAAGAAAAGUUCUCCAUUAGUAGUUUGUAAAUGUUAGUGUUUCAGAUGCUGAAAACUUUAUUUCAAGUUAAACUUACAAUAAAGUGCAAGGAAAAGUUAUUUUAACACAUGGUUGUCAGGCAAAGAAUUACUGUUGUCAUGGCACUCAACAACCCAGGCUUGAUUUUGCAGUGUCUCUUUGGAGAGAAUUUUGUCUUUGCUUCAGAAUCAAUACCAUGAAAUCAUUGAGAAUGCGCCCAUAAACUAGAAACCACUUCGCUUGUUCUCUCUUGCAAUUGUUUCUAAAUUCUUGUUUAACCAUCGUUUUUAAAAAAGAAACGAGAGGUCUGUGCCCCCAACACAAAUCCAGUUAUGCCUUUACACUCUUGAGCUUUUGUUUAUCAUAAUUAUCUAUUGUAUAGUUUGUUGCUUUUAUGCAGACAGAAUCUUAAAUCAGGCUUUUCUUACCAGUAAACUCUAGUAUUACUUUUACUCAGUUGGGACCCUAUCCAAAAUGUACUGAAAUCAAUGGGAGUCUUUCCACUGA